AUGAGCGUAAAAACGAGAAACAUAAGGAAUUAUCGUAACAUUCAUUACAGAUCGGACGCUGAGUAUACGGUACGGGUGGCUAAAAUAUUAUUGACAAUGGUCGGAAUCUGGCCAAGAAGGAACACGUUUUCAAAUAAUGUUAAAUUUUACGUUCAGAUAACAAUCGUUUUUUUUCUCAUGUGUUUCCUCUUAUUACCACACGUGAUCUAUACUUACUUUGAUUGCGAAAAUCUGACCAAAUAUAUGAAGGUGAUAGCCGCCCAGGUUUUCAGCCUUUUGGCGAUCAUCAAGAUCUGGACGAUUCUGAUUAACAGAAAUGAGAUCAGAUUUUGCUUGAUGGAGAUGGAGAUACAGUACAGAGACGUAGAAUGCGAAGAAGAUCGGUUGGUAAUGAUGAAUACUGCGAAAAUCGGUCGAAUCUUCACAAUCGUGUAUCUGUUCCUCGGUUACGGAGGUGCCUUGCCCUAUCACAUUAUUUUACCCUUGAUAUCAGAGAGAAUCGUCAAAGCGGAUAACAGUACUCAGAUACCUUUGCCAUAUUUGAGCGAUUAUGUUUUCUUCGUCAUCGAAGACUCGCCAACUUACGAGAUAACCUUUGUCGUGCAAAUGUUCACCAGCUUUCUAAUAAUGUCCUUGAAUUAUGGGAUCUACAGCUUAAUCGCUUCUAUAACGAUGCAUUGCUGCGGUCUGUUCGAGGUCACCAACAGAAGGAUCGAGACGAUUUUAAAAAACCGAGAUUUGCGUGGUCGCAUCGUUGAUAUUAUUCAAUCUCACCUGAAAGCAAUCGAAUAUUCUGCACUGGUUGGAAAAUCAUUGAGCAUUGUAUUUUUAUCGGAAAUGCUUGGCUGUACUAUCAUAAUAUGUUUCUUAGAAUUUGGAGUGAUUGUGGAAUGGGAAGAUCAUAAAACAUUCAGCAUGGUAACAUACUUUGUUUUAGUGACGUCAAUGUUCGUAAAUGUUUUCAUAUUAUCAUUCAUUGGUGAUCGUCUCAAACAAGAGAGUGAAAGAAUAGGACAAACAUCAUAUUUUCUACCAUGGUACGAUUUUCCGACAGAAGUAGCGAAAAAUAUAAGGAUAAUCAUACUUAGAGCUAGUCGACCAUCAAGCCUGUCUGGCGCUAAGAUGUUAGAUCUUUCGCUUCGAGUAUUUUGUGAUGUUUUUAAAACUUCAGCAGCAUAUCUAAAUUUUCUGCGAACAAUGACAGUAUAA